UCGCGCAGCAAUCGGUUAGUGACUCAGUUGACGAGACUUCGUUCAAAACGUCGGCUCUCGCGAUACCGUGGUCGAGCCGUGCGGUCCGCGAUCGAUACGCCGAGGUCCCGUGGAAUUUCCUUGGCAGAAGGAACUCUGGACGAGAGGAGAUGUCCCGUAAAUGGUUCGGGGGACGAGACAGCACGUUCAAACCGCCAGAUAUUCAAAGAUAGCGGGUGGAGAUCGAGCGACCGGCAGCCGUACGGCGGAACACCUAGCCGCGCGAUCGAUGUCCCGAGCAAGGAUGAAGACUCCCGGUUCCGCGGCCGCAGGAACGAGGGGAAGAUCAAGCAGAGCCUGAGCGAUCGGGUGCAGUCGUCGAAGAGCGAUCAGAAGACCGGUCGCUGGCCCGACAGGCCGAGAUUCAAGUUCAGCUUCAGCGAGAAGACGAAAAGAUCGGUGGACAAGCCUGAAGAUCAAGGACUGCUCUCCACGCCCGAGUCGGUCAGCAGCAAAGAGGACAACGUCCGAGUGAAGUUGCACAAAAGCGACUCGUUUCUGAAGAAACUCGUGCGCAGCUCGAAGGACAACAUCGCCGAGGGCUGCGAGAGGCUGGUACGAAACAUCCAGAAGAGUCCAUCCGUUCUACGGAAGAAGUUCCUAUUCAGCGACGAGUCACGGGAGAAGAUCGAAUCGAAGACCGGCGAGAAGAUCGAGGAGAAACCGGUGGCACCCGUCCGAAGACAGAAGUCCACGAGGAGACCUCUGAAGGUUGACCAAGUCGCACAGUCCUCGAAAGAUCCCCAGGCGUCCCCGACAGUUCUUGUCUCCGUCUGUCCCAGCGACGGUGUCCCGACAAACGAGAAUCCCAGUUCCCCAAGGGCCGAUCGCGAGACUCCUGUAAACGAGUCCGUUAGCAGAGUCUCCGCGGCGCGGAAUCGCUGUGUACACGUCGACGACGGCGGCUCGUCGAAGAGCGUCUCGGUGGAGGACGUGGAGGAUCUGAUUAGGUCGGAGAACAACCUCAGACUGUUGGAGCAGCGUGUUCUACUUAGACGGCGCAUAGAGAAGUCGACGCAGCUGAUCCAAGCGCUUCAGUCCGACCAACGCCGCUCCUGGAGCGAGGAGAGCUUGAUCUCCGGCGCAGGAAAGGCUGCCAGGUUUCGAGCAGGUAUCCAGGCCAACUGUCACUUGGACCCCGUGGUAGCUAACUGCUCGCCCAUCACUCAUCGACGCUACUGUUCGAGGCCGGACGACUCGAGGCCGCUCGAAGCAUCGCGACGCUGGAAGACGUGGAAAGUGAAGCGAUCACCGCCGCCGACCGACUGGCAGAAGCAGCAGCAGCAGGUUCAUAGGUCGGAGCUAACCGGCGAUAAGGAGCGCGGGUCAGCCGAUAAGCUCCCGGCGAGGAGGACAUGGCCGGCCAGUGAGGAGUCGCCAGCGGCGCGUCGCGAUCGGGCCACGUCGCCCGUGGUAAAAUGCAAACUUGCGAAUUUCGCGGAUUCCCGACAGCCCGAGGCCGGCCACGAGGAGGGGACCAGAGACCGCGGGACUGCGGAACGGCCAAGUAAACACGAGCUAGUCACGGGACGGACGGACAACUCGGGCAGCCUCGUCUGCGACGAUCAGUCGGGCAUCAUUGUUCCUGACCUAUUCUCGCGGGAACAAAGUUCGCGCGCCUGCAUCGAUAUAGAAGCGGACUGCUCGCCUCCUGCGAGCGAUGAACGGAUCAACGACCAGAUAGUUUCCGUUCCACAAGAGACCAGUUACGAAAAACCAACCGCGGUGCUAAACGUUCCUUAUGGGUCUGACGAGACAGCUGACCCGAGAUCAGUGGUGUCCGUUGACGUUCUGAACGUUGAAUCGGAGAAGUGUCCUCUAGUCGAGAAGGUCCCAAAGAAGCUGCGAGGCAAGUCUCAAGUUAGAGGCUUUCGCAAGAAGAAGGUGAACAGUGUCGGGUAUCAGAAGGUACAAGAUACAAACGGCUGGAAGAUGAAGCUGACUCUGAGGAUGAUCAGGAUCAGGGACAAGCUGAUGCUUGGCCUGAGUGCUUUCGCUAUCCUCUUUACUAUUUUACUGGUGAUGGACCUCCAGAUGGACUUGGGCUAUAGCGGGCAUCAUUUAGUGCCCAGCCACGGCCGGGUCCGGUUCGGCGAUGAUCCGAACACGGACACCAUCUACAAUAAUUUCCGGCGGAAGUUCCUGCAGAGAGUGAACGCCAGCAAGGAGCAAACCAGCGGUGACGUGUACGGGACCACUCAGAACAGUGCCAGGGAGGAGGGCAACGAGCGCGGGGACUCGAAGACCGAGAAGACCGCGGUGCACGACAGCUUUCCGGAUUUAGUGGACAUCGUGGUGAAGGGUUACGGUGUUAGUGUGUACGAGGGAGUGGCUAGGAUCAGCGGAGAGGAUCAUAGCUACAAUCCGACGUUGGGAGACUUGAGGAAGAUCAGUCCGAGGAAGAACAGCUCGACGCUCGAGAAAUUCCAGUUGCAGAUCUCCAGGACGGAACUGUACCCCGUCAACUCGAAGUAUGUGGAUCGGCUGCUGCUGGAGAUUGCCACCAAGCCCAUCGUUCAUGUUGUCCAGAAGGAGGGCGGCACGCAGCUGAAGCUCGAGAUCAACUAUUCGUACAUGCAGGCGCUCUUCAAGCCUAUGAGGUUUCCUCGGGAGCAACAGACACUGCCGAAUCACUUCUAUUUCACCGACUUCGAGAGGCACACGGCCGAGAUCGCUGCCUUCCAUUUGGACAGACUGCUGGGAUUCCGCAGAGCGAUGCCGGUCACCGGCAGAACGUUGAACCUGACGACGGAGAUUUAUCAGAUCGCCGACGGCGAGCUCCUGAAGACCUUCUUCGUCAGUCCCGCCGGUAAUAUCUGCUUCCACGGCAAGUGCAGUUACUACUGCGAUACGGCGCACGCGAUCUGCGGAAAUCCGGACACCCUUGAGGGGAGUUUCGCCGCGUUUUUGCCGGAUAAAUCGGUCGCCGCGAGGAAAGCCUGGCGACACCCAUGGCGGAGGAGCUACCACAAACGGAAGAAGGCGCUAUGGGAGCACGACUCCGAUUACUGUUCCAUCGUGAAGGGGAUCCCGCCGUACGACGAGGGUCGGCGGCUUCUGGAUUUAAUGGACAUGGCUGUUCUGGACUUCCUCAUGGGGAACAUGGACAGACACCACUACGAGACCUUCAAGAUAUUCGGGAACGACACGUUUCCCCUGCACCUGGACCACGGUAGAGGAUUCGGGCGACCGUUCCACGACGAGAUCUCCAUUCUCGCCCCCAUCUUGCAGUGCUGCAUGAUCAGGCAGAACACCCUGGGCACCUUAUUAAAAUUCCACAACGGACCGGUACGCCUGAGCGACGCGAUGCGGAAAAGCAUGGCGAAGGACCCCGUGGCGCCGGUUUUAUGGGAGCCCCAUCUAACGGCGCUCGACAGGAGAGUGCGCGUGAUACUGCAAGCGAUCAGGGACUGCGUGAGGCGCGAGGACUCGAGUCAGGUGGUGCAGGAGAAAGCCGAGGACGGCGCAUCCUAACACAACCGUCGCUCCUUAUCGAAAGGAACACUGAAAUCGUUGCUGAAAGAGAAAACGAAGCAACGGGAUAAAGAGACUGUGAGUUAAUCGCGGUGCCUCGUUCGUUUGUAAAAAAAACAGAAUCUUGUAUAAAAGACGUGUAAAAACAAAACUGGUUUGCGUGUGAGAGUGAACCGUAAGUUUCUUAUACACUGUGGUACGUGGGAAUAUUCGUAAAGAAAUGAUCAUUCGCCUUUAAUUCUUGUUUCCAUCGAGGAAAAUCAUCGAAACACAUUGCGUGCUAAUUUUCAGAAAACUGAAUUGAAUGACAAUUUUCACUGAGGUCAACUUAUAUCACAUAGAAAAACUCAGAUAUAUUGUUAUGUAAUAUAUUUUAAAUAGAUAAUCAACUCGAAUGAAAUUUUAUAUCUUUUCAAUACUGCGAUAAUUAGCGAAGUUGCAUAGCGGUCUUUAUAAAACGAGAUUUCUCGUUACCGGUACGCAAUGUGUUAACACUAAGACUACCAGACGAGUCGAAAUGGCCUAUUCCUGGUUCCUUUUUGCAAUUAUCCAAAAGACAACAGACGUUUCUCUGAUUAUUCAAGAAAUUGGUCCAGCAAUGCGCAAACUGAAUUGUAGAUCGAUUCAGGUUCCCAUAGCUGCGUUCUCGGAGUUUUUAUAGACUUUCGAAACGGCGAUUUAGCUCGGUAGUUUUAGUGUUAAGUAACCUAAUCGUUUCAUCUUGUACGAAAUUAUUUCGAGUAAUCCAUUCGACGCUUUUUUCCCGUGUCACUCUCCUCGAGUUACUUCACGCGAGACUUGUACAAAGAGGCUGUACAUAGUGUAUG